ACAUUAUCAGAAGAAAUUGGCAUCGUGAGACAAUUCACAUUUACGUCAAGUUUGCAGAGAAUGUCUGUAGUAAUUCGUCAACUAGGGGCAGAUCACUUUGACAUCUAUACUAAAGGUGCACCUGAAAUGAUUGCCUCCCUUUGUGUAACAGAUACAGUGCCUUCCGAUUUUCACGAAGUCCUUAACGGAUACACAAGACAUGGGUAUAGAGUGCUCGCCCUUGCACAUAAACCUCUACCAUCUAAACUAAAGUAUCCGAAACUGCAACGUAUACAGAGAGAACAGGUUGAAAGAGGUCUUACAUUUCUUGGAUUAAUUGUGAUGGAGAAUAGACUUAAACCUCAAACAACCCCGAUUAUCCUAGGUCUCAAAGAAUCAAACAUUCGACCUAUAAUGGUAACAGGAGACAAUAUGUUGACUGCGUUAAGUGUUGCUCGGGAAUGUGGUUUUGUUAAACCAACUGAACUUAUCGUACUCGUGCAGGCGUUUCCCGUGCAAACUGACCAGUAUGGUAACGAGGUAUCUGCCCCGCACGUGGAAUAUGUCUAUACUGAGACACAAGAAGAGCAGGAAGUAUUAUCGAAAGAAAAAAGUCAAACGUUCCAAGGAAGUCAGAAUGGUAAAUCUUUAGAUGUAGAAGUAGGCAAGAAAGAGCGGUAUCAUUUCGCGGUGACUGGGAAAUCAUGGUCUGUACUUAGACAGUACUAUCCCGAUCUAAUACAGAAGAUUGUAGUUCGAGGGACAAUAUUCGCCAGAAUGUCACCUGAUCAGAAGGCUCAGCUUGUUGAACAGUUACAAGAUUUAGGAUAUUACGUAGGAAUGUGUGGAGACGGGGCCAAUGAUUGUGGUGCGUUGAAGACAGCCCACGCUGGAAUCUCUCUGUCUGAAGCGGAGGCGUCUGUUGCUUCACCUUUCACAUCUAAAACACCAGACAUUUCAUGUGUUCCCACUACAAUAAGAGAGGGGCGUGCAGCGUUGAUGACAAGUUUUGGUAUAUUUAAGUACAUGGCAUGUUACAGUCUCACACAGUUUACAUCUGUACUGAUUCUGUACUGGGUUGGUGUCAACAUCACAGACUUUCAGUUUCUGUAUAUAGACUUGUUUCUCUUAACCACACUGAGUAUUUCAUUCGGCUAUACAGCAGCGUACCAGAAAGUUCAUCCACAGCCUCCGUUGGUCAGUUUACUCUGUCUGUCUCCGGUUUUCUCUCUAGUUUUACAGAUGUUGAUCAUGGUGGCCGUGCAGGUCUUCUUUUUCUUCUAUAUCAAAGAGGCAGAAUGGUUUACACCAUGGGUAGAUGACCCCGAGGACGACUACGAUUAUCAAAGUUACGAGAAUUCCGCUGUGUUUUAUAGUUCCGCCUACCAGUAUAUCAUCCUAGCAAUUAUCUUCUCGAAAGGAAAACCAUAUAGGCAACCUAUAUAUUCUAAUAUGUACUUUUUAUUAAACCUUCUCGUCUGCUUUGGUAUAACUGUCUGGUUGAAUAUUUACCCGACUGACGGAGUGGCGGAAUUUUUUGAGAUAGAAGUUAUACCCAGUAUACCAUACAGAUUCAUCUUUCUGGGUGCUGCUGUAGCUAAUCUUAUAGUUUGUUUGUUGUUAGAGACGUUUGUUCUAGAUAGUCGUUUUGUGACAAUUACGCUACAGAAUAAGGUAGACGCUUGUUUGCCUGGUGCAAAACCCGGGUAUGAGCCCCUAGAAGAGGAAAUGCAAAGGGACUCGUCUUGGCCUCAGGUGAAGUCGGAAGAUCUUGCCGGAACAUUCCAACGUUUAGACAGUGCAUUCCAAGCAGCUUCAAAGACAUCUCUAGUUUCACCUGAUAACAUAUCAUUGUCGGCUAGUGAAGAUGGAAGUGUUGCCUCACAUGGAGCAGGCGAUAAAUCUUACAGUGUGGUAUCACCAAAUGACGUACAAUUUAAUUCUAAAAGUUAUUCAAACAAAGCGUUUGAGAUGGAUGAAACUGAUAAACAAGAUGACCAGUUCAUUCGUGUGAAAUUUUGAUGCCAGUGACCGUUCAUUUUACCAUAAUUUGGCAAUAAAAUAUAAAAAAGAUCAGGUGGCUUCAUACAAUAUAUGUCUCAUUAGGGAGUAGAGGCAGCAAAGUGACAUUUAAAUGUAAAAUAACAAGGAAAAUGUCACCAAUCUAUCCAAUAUCUGCUGUGACAAUUAAAGGGCAGAUUAAAUACGUGUUUAUAUAUUUGUAUAUAAAUGGUACAUAUUCAGCAUAUAAUAUCGAUCAAGACAAAAAAGUAAUAUUAUAUAUCAACAAAAUCUCUUGUAAAGGUGAAACAAAUAUAUAAUAACAUAGAGCAGUUUGAUGGUUUGUCUCCAGAUUUAUGCUAAUUUUCAUUAUUUUUUAGAAUUUAUUAAACAGUAAAAUAGUUUAAAGUGAUCAAGAACAAACAAUAAUAAAGUAAUCAACCCAUUGCAAACGACACUAAAAUCUACAAAUAUUAUCAAAACUAGAUCAGAAUAAGAAAAAUAGCACUUACUGAUAGUAAUAGUCACGCAGUAAAAAUAAAGUGAUUAACACUGCAAAAAAUCAGUCAUUAAUUGCAUACAUCAAGGUAAUGAUUGCUUGGAUAGUGAAUAGUUUAACUUGUCUUUAAAUCUUAGUACAAUUUUCUCACUGUUGAUUUUCUUGAAAUAGUUUGGCUGAUCUGGGGAUGCAGCUUUAAUAGUUACGCUUUUGCCAUGGUGUGUCUUUGAUAUUUAUCAAACAAAACCAGAUACAUGUUUUUCGUAGGAUAAUAAGAGUAAUUUGAGCGAUUACUUUAUGUUAUAUUUCAUAAAAUGUAAUAUACACGGAUAGGUCUUACAAUUAUGAGAUAACUCUUUCUUUUUUAAAUUCUUUCUCUGACUGUAUGAACAGAUAUAGAUCUACCUGUGUGUCUAAAUACAUUAUACCUAUAUUAACAUUAUCAUGUUUAGUGCUAGGCGGCAUGUACUGUCCAUGGACAGGCUCAAUUAAACAGACCCUGCAACGUAACCAAUUUAGUUUGUUUGGGGCAAUGUUAGAGUUAUCUAUUCUGUAUCAGAUUAGAUACUUUAGUAUGAUUUUUAUAAUGGUGAAUUUUAUAUAUACACUUUAAACAAGAAUUGGAAAAAUCUCUAUGUAUAUAUUAAUUUUGUUUGAUAUUUGAAUACAUAAUAAUCAUUAUGCUUUACUUUAAAUGACAAUAAGAUUGUAAAAUAAUUUUAUACAAAAAUCUUUAACAUCAUCUUUAUUAACACAUGUAUAUAGUUUAAAAGAAUAUGUUUUAACCGAAUGAAAUCUUAUUUAUUCCUUUA